GAGGACUGCGCCCGUGGUUUCAGCAAAUACUCAUUUCAUCAGCGAACGUUGGCGUGCCAUUACCUGAUGAUGUUCUAGGCCCCGGGGGACCGGUGGGUGAGGGCUCUAGUCUUCAUGGAGCUGAUGCUGACGUGGGGAACACGGGUUACAGGGCAAGGACGUAAGGAACAAGGUAAGGUCAGGGAGUGGUUAAGGCCUGUGAGGAAAGCAGAAUGGUGUGACCGAGGGUGAGGCAAGGGCAGGAGGGCCGGCCUGCUUUGGAGCGGGGCCGGCAGACCCGAGGGAGCUUGGGUGUUGGCCACGAGCCAGCCUUGCCGAGAUUUGUUCAUGGCUGAGGGAUCAGCGCACGCAAGACUGGAAGGCGGGCAUGAGCUUAGCUUCUUCCAGCAGCGGGGGGAAUGUUCACGUGGAGUGUGAGGUGCAGAGAGGGGCGGGCCUGGAUCGUGAAGGAACGUCGAGGCCGCGGCCGGUAGGGAGCCUCCCACCAUUUAUGAUCCGGACCUGCAUAUCGACACUGGAUGAGAUGCCGUGGAGCUUGACCUCCUGUGGUUACUACAGAGAUAAUGUGGCUUUGGUGGUACCCGGGCCCUGUUUUCAGCCCUUCCCCGGCCAGGCGCGCACUGAACAGGAUCUGUCCAUGUCUCUCCUGUGCUGGUGGCGCCCCCCAGCUCUGGUGUCAUGCGCCAGCCUUUCUGCUUGGAUGGAGUCGUCAAGCCCAGGGUCCCUCUCUCCUCUGAACACACAUCAGGACCUGUAUGAGUUCAAAGCCAAGAACAUCAAGAAGAAGAAGGUGAGCAUUAUGGUUUCGGUGGAUGGAGUGAAAGUGAUUCUGAAGAAGAAGAAGAAGCUUCUUUUAUUGCAGAAAAAGGAGUGGACGUGGGAUGAGAGCAAGAUGCUGGUGAUGCAGGACCCCAUCUACAGGAUCUUCUACGUUUCUCAUGAUUCCCAGGACCUGAAGAUCUUCAGCUAUAUUGCCCGAGACGGUGCCAGCAACAUUUUCAGGUGUAACGUCUUUAAAUCCAAGAAGAAGAGCCAGGCUAUGCGAAUCGUGCGGACGGUCGGGCAGGCUUUCGAGGUCUGCCAUAAGUUGAGCCUCCAGCACACGCAGCAGAACGCAGACGGCCAGGAGGACGGAGAGAGCGAGAGGAACAGCAGCAGCUCAGGGGACCCAGGCCGCCAGCUCCCCGGAGCCGAGAGGGCCUCCUCGGCCACCGCGGAGGAGACGGACAUUGACGCAGUGGAGGUCCCGCUCCCGGGGAAUGACAUCCUGGAAUUCAGCCGAGGUGUGACUGACCUUGACGCCGUCGGGAAGGAAGGAGGCUCCCAUCCGGACCCAAAGGCUUCACCCCACCCCCCGGAGCCCAUGCUGGCGGCCUCGCCCAGGAUGCUCCUUCCCUCUUGCUCGGCGAAGCCCCCAGGCUUGGGCCCAGGGACGCCGCUGUCCUCCCACCACCAGAUGCAGCUCCUCCAGCAGCUCCUCCAGCAGCAGCAGCAGCAGACGCAAGUGGCUGUGGCGCAGGUUCACUUGCUGAAGGACCAGCUGGCUGCCGAAGCGGCUGCGCGGCUGGAGGCACAGGCCCGCGUGCACCAGCUCCUGCUGCAGAACAAGGACCUGCUGCAGCACAUCUCUCUGCUGGUCAAGCAGGUGCAGGAGCUGGAGCUGAAGCUGUCGGGACAGAAUGCCAUGGGCUCCCAGGACAGCUUGCUGGAGAUCACCUUCCGCUCCGGAGGUCUGCCGGUGCUCUGCGACCCCACCACCCCGCAGCCGGAGGACCUGCCCUCACCGCCCCCUGGCGCGGGCCUGGCCGAGCUGGCCCACCCCGCCGGCAGCCCCCUAGGUAGGCGUGACUGCCUGGUGAAGCUGGAGUGCUUCCGCUUCUUGCCGCCGCCUGCGGGCCCGCUGCUGGGGGGCCUGGAGCUCCUCAAGUUCCGCGAGUCGGGCAUUGCCUCGGAGUACGAGUCCAACACGGACGAGAGCGAGGAGCGCGACUCGUGGUCCCAGGAGGAGCUGCCACGUCUGCUCAACGUCCUGCAGAGGCAGGAGCUGGGCGACAGCCUGGACGAUGAGAUCGCUGUAUAGGGUGGGCCGCGGCGCAGGGCUGGGCCAGGUGCAGGGCCGGAGGGGCGCGGGGGCCGGGUGCACCGCCGAGGACGCCCGCGCGGCGGAGGGCGGUGAGUGCCGGGAAGAUGAGCGACUUUGGCUCCAGCCAGGGGCCCCAGAGAGCCUGUGGUUUCAGGAAAGAAUCACAAUUCUGCUUUGGAGGGUCCGAUGGGGGAGAACUGGGACUCCCAGAGGCGAGUGGGCCCCUCUCUCCCACGUGUGCCUUGGGAGGGGAGGGCAGGGCCUUCCAGAGCCAGUGGCUUCGGGAGAGGGUCCCUCGUGCGGAUCGCCAGGCUGCCCGAGGACCUGCCACGAGCGGGUUGUUUCAUCAGGCUCCUCCGCUCUGUCCCGCCCGGGGUGCCCGGGGUGCCCGGGGAGCCCCCUCCCGCCCCAUCUCCCAAUCCCAUGGCAAAGGGAAGCCAUCAGGUGCCGGCUCAGGUCCUGUGUGUCUGGAUAUCCAGGAUGUUACCAGUUGCCUAACCCUCCCCUGACCUUCUGGAAGGAAUUCCUUCUCUAGGCCGUUGUGGAGAUGACAGAGGUUGAAUGCCCCGGUGGUAAGGGACGGGGUGGAGAUCUCAGUGUGAUCAUGGAAUUGGGAUGUUUCACGUCGGACGUCGGGUAAGCACUGGGAUGACUUGAACCUGGACGUUUGCUCUAGCUGGAUGUGACGUGUUACUUCCGAGGGAGACUGGGAGUUGGACAUCGUUCAGGCCCUUGCGGUGCAAGCCCUGGGGGAGGGCAGCCCCUUUGGGGCUCCAGAUGAUGUUGGUCCGAUUCCUCAGUGUGGGGGCUCCCCCCUCUCCCGCCCCAUCCUGCCUACAAGCUCAGCUCCUCCGCAUGGAGGCUGGGAAGCUGCCUCCUUCUCCCUUCCGUGUCUUGCCUCAGGGUCCAUGUCGGCCAAGGCUUGUACAGCAUCCUCCCCUCGGAGAAAGUCCCCGAGCCCCCGGCCUUACCUCUCAACCCGUCCCCUCCACUGGGCGUUAGUGGUCAGCGUUUACUGCAGGAAAAAAACCAAACACGAGCUGGUAGCUGAGACUGUUUCUUUCCACUCUUCAGAAUCACUGCCACUUUGGUCAGGGACCACAGCCCUGUCCCCCCCUUGACCUGUCUUUGACCAUCCAGGCCUUGUCUAGAAAACGCCGUCUCGGCUGGCCGGCCAACCAUGGCAGGGAGGCCACGCUCCCUUUGUGACAGUCCGGCCACGAGUGGCUGUUAGCAGAUUUAAAGCUGCCUCGAGAGAGAGCCGAGCCAGUACUAGGGUCUUGUGUGUGGGGAAGUAAGUGUUCGUCCCGGAGAACGAGCAACAGACCCAGACAGCAGUAAUCUGUGAGGAUUCGGUGUUAAGGAUGGGGUUGCCCAAAACACAGAGUUUUUCAACCCCAACCUUGCUUUAUAAUUUAUAGAAGUGAAAGCGUAGCCCUUUUUCUUAAAUAGCUGGGUUUCUUCUACACUAGAAAGUCCAAAGUAAAGGAAAUACACAUAGCUUUAUGGUGGCCUUCCUGGGCACACCAGGGUAUUGGCAGAAAGAGGAUGGGGUGUGGAUGGAUGUGUGUGUGCACGUGUGUACAGAUAGGCUUGUGUACCCGUGUGAGGGAAGGUGAGUACAUGUGUGUGGGUGUGUGAGAAGUGACCGGAGAGAAGAGAGUGUGAAUCUUCAGGGCGUUUGGACGACAGCAGGGUUGUAUUGUUUUUCCUAACGGUUUAUUUAGUUGGAGAAAGGUGGUUCUGUUUAGUUCGCUGUCUUUUCUAAUUAGCCGUUGGACGGAAUAGGUCCAAAUACACAAGGAAGAAGCAGGUUAAGGUGAGAGCCCCAGACUGAAGGAGGUGUUGGGAAUCCGGUGUGGCUGAGCCGGCUUCCCAGACUCUCCCCUGGGUGCAGCCUCUCUGAGUGGUAGAAUCUUCUGGAGGGUUCAGGACAGUGGAAGGUCUGGCUUCUCGACCCCUGCCUGUAAGCAGGAGCCCAGCGUGAAGCCACCGGAUUUGUGGAAUGUGGCAGGAGAGGGGAAGGGCCAGGGGUGGGUGGGGCGUAGUUGCACAAGGGUUUAGAGAAGCUGCGGAGGGAAAGAAGAAAGGGGGUUGAGCAGAGAGUAAAGGAUGGGAAGCGGCUGUCUGUACCGCUGACUCCGGACCCAUCCUGGACCCUUGGCCUCGGAUGCUCCGCGGUGGUUUCCAGCUGCCUCAGCCCCAGCCUCCCCGCAGAGGGGGCCUCCCCUGGAGCUCUGGUUUGCACGUCUGCACCGUCCCCAGUGUGCCUGGGGUGUGGCGACGGGAGACAGGAUGGAACUAGGGGCCUUGACGGGUCGCCAGCCACUGGGCAGAGCAGAGAACAGCGCAGACCUGAUUCCCCAGCGACGCCACCCCCUCCUCCCUCCUCCCUUCUCGCUCCGCUCACUCAGCUGCUGCCUUCCUCCUCUUUCAUCUUUCUGCUCUGCCCUGCAGACAGGACAAGUGGACACCGGGGGGGCGCCUGCCCUAUUGGUGCCUGCCUCAGCCUCCCCCCGGGGGCCGGCAGAGUCCUGGGCACCUUGAGGCUCUCCCAGGUGCAGAGCCAGCAAAGAAUUUCUCUGCACAGAACAGACUGCGUGUUGGGAUGAAAACGAUACUCCUAUCCCCGCUUCUACCAACGCUCUCUGUGAAGCCCCUUCGUAGCUUCCCUUCUGCCCACGGCUCCUGUUCAGCACUUGUGUUCCUUUGAUUUCCUCUUCGCCUCACCGCCUCCUCUCACCCCACCGAGCCCGAGCCCUCUGCUUUCUGAAACUCUUGUGUCAUUAACUCUGUCGGUUCAACUCUCUGGGACAAGAUUCUGUUCAUGUAAAGUGCACUUACUCCCUGGAUGUCGUCACUAGUCUAGUGGCUUUUGCUAAAUAAACCUUUCUUAUUUCUAAAAGCUUUUCCAUGGUCUUUUCUUGCUUCUUCUAUCUGCUCCCUGACUUGCCCUCACUCCCACCCCACUUCCCAAGCCAGCGGCCAUCAGCUCUGCGAGCCACUGUUCUCGGGGCGGUGGUGGUCAGAAAACGGGGGAGGAAGGUGGUGGCUUCAGGCGCGAUUUAGCUAGACCAGCCUUGCUCAGCAGGCGGCUGUGCUGUGGUUUUUCCAGGACAGUGUGGCUUCCCCGGGGGGUCAUUCGGCGGUGUCUGGAGACAGUUUCGGUUUGACCGAACUGGGGGAAGGAUGCGUUUGAUAAUUAGUGGGUAGAAGCCAGGGACGUUGCUAAACAUCCUACACACACAGGAGGACCCCACCCCCCACCCCCCAAGAGAGAAUCACCCGGCCCCAAAUGUCAGUAGUCCCGAGGUUCAGAGGCUCCGGGCUCAUGCCUGCUUCCAGACUCUCCCAAGCCCGGGUCUUUUCACGCUGCAGAUGUCACUGGCGUAUAAGCACAUUUUGAGUGCUUGAAAAAGUACGACAUCGUAGAUAUUUCCAGCUAUAACGAAGAUCAUCUAGAUCAUAAAAUUUCUUGGACUCCCUGACUAAAUGUCUGAACUACGCAGUAGUAGUAGGUAGGAUUCCGAACGGCCCCGUUCCUGAAAUGCCCAUCCCGGGGUCAAAACGGGCUCGUCCCCACAUCUGGCCUCAGGCAUGGUGGUGCCCUUGUCGCUCGGCUCGGCAGAGGGGUGCUGGCUCGAGGGCACUUGGCCUUCCUGCCAGGAGGCGUCAUGGAAAGCAGGAGGAAGGCUAGCGAGGGAAGAGCAUCAGAGAGAUAGAAGCUGCAGGACUUCGAAACCCGGCAUCAUGGAAACCAGAUUACUUUGGCCAGGACAUUUAGCCGCCUCGAAGGCAGAGGCCCUGUUGGCCUGGUACUUUGUCAGGCGCGGCCAACUUUGCAGGAAGGCUGAGAGGAUCUGAUCAACCCUUUGCCCCUUUCUGAGUGAGGGAACUGAGCCUCAUUUUUCUCAUCUGUAAAAUGGGGACAAAACAGACCACGUAAAGCGGUAAUGACAAGUAAAUGAGCAGGCAUUUUCCGAGCAUCAAGCAGAGUGCCUGGCAGGGGCUCAGGGCACCACAGAGCUUACCUGCUAGUUGAUUGGGGUGGCGGGAGGUGUGCCCAUGUGGUCUGUGCCUUUGUGGGCUGUGUGCAUUUCCUGCGUGCUGAAACUUCCCUCGGAACUCUGCUCUGAGAAAGUCCCUGGGGUUCCCAAUGACGCUGGUAAAUGUGUGAGAGGCAGAGAGCGUCUAACUUCACACGAAACUCCAGCCCUUGCCGGGCAGUGGGCACGUGCUGUGACCCCCUGCUCAGACCCCAGCUGCAGGAUGGCUUGCUGUCUUUAUAACGGGUUCCAUGCCUGGGACACAUAUACCCUGCAGGAGGGAGUGUGGGUUGGGCAGGCGGUGUGAGGCCGGACAAGAGCCGAGUCCUCCUGAUUCCCUCACAGACUGAAGGAAGGCCAUGAGGCCCCCAGGUGAGCCCAUCCUCUUGCUCCCUUCUCAAGGGCCCCACCAAGGAGACCCACGUGUGUGGGGAUGCACAGAAGGGGAGGUCUUCAGGGGCGUAGGUGACUUUUGCAGUUUGGGAAACAGGAAAUCAGAGUGAGAACCCCUCUGCUACCCUCCCCUGAGGGGUCCAGGGGAUGACGUCAGGGCUCCCCAGAGAGACCACCCACCCUGGAGUGGGCAGGUUGGGGGUCUGGAGCCCACAGUACAAGUACCCUAUUGGACUCUGGCUGGGACGGUAGCAGGUGGGGAGAGAGCAAGUGGGGAAGGGUCUCGCCACGUGCGACAUGAUGGGAUUCGAGCCCAGCCUCUCACAGAAGAGCCGUGAGCGGCAUUUUAGCAGCACAGGGAUAAGCAGAAGCAGGCCUGCUGAAGCAGAAAGCAGAGGCCUCACUGGGGGCCAAUCUUCCACCUCAACCUGUUGGCCAACCGGGGGCUGGGCGGAGGCUGAGGUAAAGGGAGACUUGGCGUUGGGGGCCCCCCGGAAAAGGAGAUGCCCCACAGCGGUGAGAGCGCCCCCUUGGGGCAUUAGGGAGCUGAAAUGAGAGGUAAGUACGGCCUAAAAAUAAGACCAGUGAGCAUUCAGCUCACUUUUCUUUUUUAGAACCACGUAAUGGGUAAGACACAUGUCCUCCCCACAUCCCUGGUGUUCGGCCACGUUUCUGGGUCGGAGCUGGUAGUGAGGCCGCCUCGGAAAUGGAUUGACCGCCGGGGCUGGCCGCUGCUGCGCUCCUCGGUGACGGGAAGCCGCGUUUUCACGCGUGUCCCUGCCUGCUUUGCCGUGACGCAGCUCAGCCAGGUACAGACGCCCCCCAGGUCAGAAGCAAGUCUGUCGUGCUUCAGCAAAAGUGCCUCUUCCAAGUGAAGGAUCGUGGGGCACGUGGGGUGGGGGUGCCCGGCCCCACGUGCCUGUUUCCUGCCUUACGCACGGGGCCACGUGGUCCUCCCUGUUCCUCCCCUCGGGAGAUCUAACAGCCGAGAAGCUUUCAGAGCGCACAGAGGUGCUGCGGGGGGAGCCUCCCUGUGCCCGCAGUAAAGGGCGUUCACUCUCCUCCCCUCCGGCCGAGCUCUUCCGCAGGGGAACUGACCACAGGGGGACCCACCAGUAAGCCAGCGUCGCCCCAGAAUCACCCAGAAGGUCGCUGAGAGCCCAAUGGCCAGGCCCCCUCCUGCCCCCACCGAGUUUCUGAUUCCAUGAAUCUGAGAUUUCGUUUCUAGCAGAUUCUUAGGGGAUGCCGACGCUGCUGAUCUGGGCACCUCACUUUGAAAAGUGCCCCUAGAGAAGCUCUUCUCCAACUUGGGGAGGAGAGGGGACGGGAAGGCGGGAGGGGCCGCGAGGGGACCUGCUGUUGCUCGCCAACCGUUCGCCAGCGGGUGACCCGGGACUUGACGGAAGGCUGUGACCAACUUGGGUUUAUUGACAUCUCUCUGGAGGCAUG